CUCUCGACCUAAACGGAGAGGUUCUUCCAUUCCCGACCUCAAGUUUCCAGAGUGAUGGCCAAAUGCUACUCAGACUGGCCUCCUCUCCCUCCUCUCCAUCCAUCGAGACGAACACCAUCGCAGACCUCCCUUUGGGCGAUCAGGAGACAGCUCGCAUCUUUCGUCCUGCACUGCUCCAGGUCGUGCGCUUCCCCUCUUCUUGAGCCCAAGAAUUUGCCCGAUGAAUUCCAUGCUGUGUCUGCUUCGACGCCGGCGCCGGUCCCGGUGCCGGUGUCCCCGCUUCCGGAUGCUCCGAAGCUCGGGAUCUCGAACAAGUUCAUCCGAGGCCUCUGCAGCGACAGGCAGACCGAGCAGUUCGCCUUCGAGUGCUACAGGAGGGCUCUGCACCAGCCGGAGUUCCGGCCGGACAAGAAGACGAUGAACGCGCUGACCGUGCAGCUGCUCAGGGCUAAGCAGUGGAGCUCGCUGGAGCUUCUGGUUGAAGAUUUCAGGGCCUAUGGGGUGCUGCCGGAGAGGCGGACGUGCGCGCGGCUCGUCGCGAGCUGCAUCAAGGCGAGGAAGUUCGGGCUCGCCGACAUGGUGCUCGGCGUCCUUGAACGCAAGAAGGGCGCUCCUGCUGCCGCCGCCUUCAGCUCGGCGAUGCAGGCGUACAACAAGCUGCAAAUGUACCGGAGCACGCUGCUGGUGCACGAACGGAUGAGGGCGGCUCGCUUGUCGCGCGGCGCCGACGCCUACCGCGCCGUGAUGGCGGCGUGCGGAGCGUUGGGCAAGCCGGAGAUGGCGGCAUCGCUGCUCAAGCAGUACAGGUCCCAGAAAUGGUACCCCUCCGAAAGCUGUGUCGAGACAUACACCAUCAUCUGUGACGCACUCGGACGAGCAGGUAGAGCCUCCGAUGCUCUGAAAUGCCUGCGAGAGAUGGAAGCAGACGGCAUGUCGCCGAACGCAACGAUCUACUCUUCAACCAUCAGAUCUUUGGCAGAUGCCCAUGAAACUUCUGCAGCAGAAGACCUGUACAACGAAGCAUGGACAAACGGGAUGCUGGGGGAUCCGGACAUGUUCAUGAAGGUGAUCAUCAUGCAUGUUGAGGCCGGGCAAGUGGAGAAGACGAUGGGAGUUGCCAAGGACAUGAGGGAGGCUGGCUUGAGGGUCACCGAUUGUGUCCUAUCAACCAUUGUCAAUGGCUUUGUGAAGAGGAGAGGCCUCAAGCCGGCCAUCAGAGCCUAUGACAAGCUCAUUGCUUUAGGGUGCGAGCCUGGCCAGGUCACCUACGCCUCAGUCAUCAACGUGUACUGCCAGCUCGGGCGGAGUGACAGGGCGGAAUCCGUCUUCUCAGAGAUGAUUGACCGAGGCUUCGACAAGUGUGUGGUUGCAUACGGUAACAUGAUCUCCAUGUAUGGGAAGAUCAGGAGAGCGUCGGACGCGACGAGGCUGCUCGCUGUGAUGAAGAAGAAGGGGUGCGAGCCUAAUGUCUGGGUGUACAACUCUCUCCUGGACAUGCACGGAAGACUCGGAAGCUCGAGGCAGGCUGAGAAGAUCUGGAAGGAGAUGAUGCGGCGCAAGGUUCAGCCUGACAGGGUCAGCUACACCGCGAUCAUCAACUCGUUCAACCGGUCGGGAGAGCUGGACCGGUGCAUGGAUUUGUACCAGGAGUUCAGGGAGACGGGAGGAAAUGUGGACAAGGCCCUGGGUGGUCUCAUGGUAGGGGUGUUCUCCAAAUGCAGUCGAUUCAACGAGCUCAUCGAGCUGAUGAAGGAUAUGCAAGGCACGAGACUGGACAGGAGGCUGUACUUGACCGUCCUGAGGAGCCUCCGAGACGCCGGGCUGGAGGUCCAUGAGAAGUGGCUCGAGACUAAUUUCAGAUUCGUGGAAGAGAAAACCUGAUGAAUCCAUGUGUAUCUCUGCUGUUCAUCUUCAGCACCGAAGAAUUGCGAUCGGGUAUCUGCAAAAGCAUUGCUCUGUACAUGGACAGAAAAAUAGGUAAAUAUUUGCUUGCCUCAAUGCGCUUUGUCGAAAUUAUAUGCUUAUGCUGCUGGUUCCAGCCUCCACUGUAAAUGUAUUCUGAAAGAUACACCUUUGUACCAGUAAUGGUCUGAUUGCAGAUUUAUUGGAUAAGUUCCAUUGUUCAGUAGAUCUGCAUUUGCCAGAUUAAUUGAAUCACUUGUACUAUAGCCCACUCCGGCAAAUGUAACUUUGCAUCAGUACUGAACUAGUGAACUUUUCACAUCUCUUCAGAACUUGUCAUCCGUUCGA